AUGGCACUAUGUCAAUGUCUCGAAAAGCUAUGGAGACAAUGUCGAGAGAGCGAUGAAGUGGCGCUAGUACAAACAGCAGACGGACGAGUCGAGAUAUCAUAUGCUCAGAUUUAUGAAUGGCAAGAGAAAUUGAGGAGCGUACUUGGUAGUCGUGAUGAGUGGCUCGUUAUAGGAAUUAACUUGACCCCGUUUUCGAUCGAGGAGUCAAUUGCAAUGUUACUCAUAGCUAAAGAGCUACAUUGGAUCUAUGUGCCAAUUGAUAUCGAGCUUUGUAUAAGUAAACAACGAUCUUUACUUCAGCAAGCAGGUGUUCAAUAUCUUGUGACAACAGCCAAGAGUCUACUCUCGGAAUCUUUCGUUUCAAAACAUAUCAAGACUAAACUACUGACGCUUAAAGCAAGUCCUUUUAAUCCUGUGAAAGUUAUUCAAUUUCAACAAUCGUUUGAUUUUGAUGAGGAAAAUGUAGAUAGUCAAUGGAUUCAAAGCGUGAGAGCGACAAAAGAGACAAUUGAAACGCCAUUGUAUAUGCUCUUAACAUCAGGAACGACAGGUAAACCUCGAGGUGUGUUAGGAACGCGAUUAGGUGCUUGGAGGCGUUUGCAAUGGAUGUGGACAGAGUAUCCAUUUGCUACACUUGAAUCGAGCGACAUAUCAACUGAGCGAGUACUUCGAGCUACAAAAUUAUCAUUUGUCGAUUCGGUGUGGGAAAUUUUAGGUGCGUUUCUAAAGCGUGUACCUCUCAUUCAUUUACAGUCUCCACGGUCUCAAAGUCAUGACAUUUCAAUGACGUUGAUCAAAAGUGUUGUUGUUGACAAUAGUACACGCUUUUUAAAUGUCGUUUUAAAGGAAAAUGUAACACGUUUGACUGCAGUACCAAGUGUACUUGAACUUCUUUUUUUACAAACUACGCAACAUGAUCGCGAAUUGGCUUUUCGAAAGCUACGAUACAUACUCAGCAGUGGCGAACCAUUACGUCUUCAUCUAUUACAGCAAUUUACAACGCAACUUCCAAACGUGACGAUUUUGAAUCUUUACGGUAGUACAGAAAUGAGCGGUGAUGUUACAUGUAUGGAGUUUAAAGCACCAUUUCCACCCGAUCAGCUAGAAAGGUGGCACCAUUAUGGCAUUCCAAUCGCUAAAUUGGAUCAAUUUGGAAUAAUUGGUCAAGCAACGUCUUUAAUGCUCGUAGCAGAUAACGAACUGGCAACUACUUUAGCUCUGGAUGACAAAACACUUGCAAGAUCAAUCAUUUGGCCAAGGAAACCAAGCACUCACUCUAGUUCGAACACAGACGUUUCAAAAGGAGUUCUGUAUGUAUCGGGUCCACUGCUCUCUAUCGGAUAUGUUUGUGAGGGGUACAACCUCGAAGGAUAUAUAACACUCCAACAAAAGCAGUGGUUUUGUACUGGCGACAUUUGCUGUGUGAUUCAAGAUCAUUUGUAUUAUUGUGGACGUCAAGAUGACGCAGUUAACAUUCAUGGACAUCGAGUGUAUUUAAAAGCAGUCGAAUAUGCAGUAGCGAUGGCGUUACGAGAAAACCUAAACGACACUCGAGUAAAUGGAGCUGAAGAGAUCAUAGCACUUGCAAUAGCGACGACAAAUAGCAAGAAACAUAACCUACUGAGUCAACAGCGUAUCGUGGUUUGUAUAGCUUGUAAAAGCGCAAAGAGUCACUUGAUUGCUCGAUACUCAUGGACCAAAGCGCUUAAUAUAUGGAUCACUGCACAUUACGGGGCGUCACAUGCACCUCACGACGUCUUUUUACUGUCUCCAAACACAAUUCCGCGACUCUCGAACGGAAAACUUGACCGUCAAGCACUUGAAAAGAUUCUUGAGCGCAAAACUGAGCGACAAGUGACAACCGUAAGCAAUGUUGAGUACAAAAGCUUCAUCGAAGUGCGUCUAUUACAAAUAUUUGAGAACAUCUUUGAUAUUUCGCUUUCCGAGAAUGAGCGAAUACAAACAUUUGCAGAAUUGGGUGGUGAUUCAUUAUCGUCAACGCUACUUCUUCAUGAGCUUCGUCAAGCUUUCGGUGCGUUCGUUCUAUCUGCUCAAGAAUUGUUAAAUAUGACGAUUGAUGAGAUUCUGUCUAUCGUGAAUACAUCGCACGAAUCUUCGUCAAUUACCGACAAGGAGACGAAUAAAAACUCAACUUUAUAUCCUCAAGACGUAGUUAAAAGUGAUUUGAAACGUCAAAAGAUGAAGCAUGAUGUUACUUCAGAAGGCUUCAGUUCUAAGGAAUGCGGCAAGAUAAGUGGGUCAAGAACGUUGAGCUUUCUCGCUCGCUGUAAUCAAUCAUCUCAAGGUGAUAAUGGUAUGUAUUUACCAACAUGCUCUCUUUUGACUACAUGCUCAGCUUCUGGAUCAAGUUGUUUCGAAUUAAACCAAGCGUGGCGCGUGGAUUUAAGUGCGUGUAUUGAUGCAUCUCCGCUUGUAGUGCAACGUCAUGAUUAUAAACAUGAUGUGAAUUCCACAUGGGCGAUAAUCGGAUCACAUUCAAGUGAAGUUGUUUGUGUGAAUGUACUGGCUGGUGGACAAGAGAUUUGGCGAGUGAGACUGGACAAUCGAAUCGAAGCAAGUGCAGCACUUAGUCUUCAACAUGAACUCGUGUAUAUUGGGACGUACGCAGGUUCUCUAUAUGCUUUAGACUUGCAAUCUGGCAAGACACAGUGGAAAUUUCAAGCUCAGGGAGAAAUCAAAGCGUCUAGUCUUGUCAUCGAUUCUCACAAUCUCGUACUUUUUGGUGCUUAUGAUCAGAAUUUCUACGCACUGGAUACAAUUGUAGGUCACUUACAAUGGGUCAUUCAUCUUCACGGCAAUUUAUUCUCACCUGCUUAUUAUUGUGAAUGGUCGAACCAAAUUUUUGUCGCCUCUACCAGUGGAAAUGUCGAAUGUUUGAUAUUACCAUCUUCUAGUGUUUCUCGUAACAUGAUUCAAGACUGGAACCUCAAACUUCCUGCUCCAAUAUUUGCAGGCUUAAAUGUCGACAGAGAAUCCAAUAUUUUACUCGUUGGUUGUGCAGAUGGAAAACUUUAUGGAGUCAAUACUAUGUCAGGAAUAUGUGUCUGGCAAGUUCAAACGGAGAAACCAAUUUUUAGCUCUCCUUGCGUCUAUCAUUCAGAAUUUGUCGUCUUUGGUUCUCAUGAUGGCAAGUUAAGAAAAGUGAAUGUUCGUACUGGUGCCGUUGUGUGGGUCACGAAUCUACACGGUGCAGUAUUUUCAUCUCCGACGGUUCUUCGACUCAUUGAAAGGUCUUUUAAUGGAUUGAAGACAAGAAACGAAGAGAGAAAAUUGAUUUGUUGUGUGACCACGACAACUGGUCAAUUGUACUUUUGUGACGAAAACAAUGGAUCUAUAAUUUAUCAAACUCGUCAGUCAUCUGGAAAGAGAUGCAAUGAUUUAGUUCAAGAUGAAAGCUAUGAAGAGGAGCUUGGCCCAUUGUUUGGAUCACCUGUGAUUGUUGAUCAGUAUUGUUUAAUUGGAACGCGCUCUAACUACUUCUAUGCAUUUCAGAUGAAAUCAUAA